CGGGGGCUCCUCAGCGCCGGGCGGGGGGGGCUCGAGCAGGCCCGGGGGGCUCCGGGGGGCUCGGCGGGGCUCCCACCAUGUCGGGCGAGGAGGAGGCCACCGAGCUCACCAUCGCCGAGGACCUGGUGGUGACCAAGUACAAGAUGGGGGGGGACAUCGCCAACCGGGUGCUGCGUGCCGUGGUGGAGGCGGCGGCUCCCGGCGCCUCGGUGCUGUGCCUGUGCGAGAAGGGCGAUGCCAUGAUCAUGGAGGAGACCGGGAAAAUCUUCAAGAAGGAAAAGGAAAUGAAGAAAGGAAUCGCCUUCCCCACGAGUAUAUCCGUAAAUAACUGUGUGUGUCACUUCUCCCCGCUCAAGAGUGACCAGGAUUACAUCCUCAAGGACGGGGAUUUGGUCAAAAUCGACCUGGGCGUGCACGUGGACGGCUUCAUCGCCAACGUGGCGCACACCUUCGUGCUCGGCGCCUCCAAGGAAAAUCCCGUGUCCGGCCGCAAAGCCGACGUCAUCAAGGCAGCUCACCUGUGUGCCGAGGCCGCGCUGCGCCUGGUGAAACCCGGGAAUCAGAACACACAAGUGACAGAGGCCUGGAAUAAAAUCGCCCACGCGUUCCACUGCACACCCAUUGAAGGGAUGUUGUCGCACCAGCUGAAGCAGCACGUGAUCGACGGGGAGAAAACCAUCAUCCAGAACCCCUCGGACCAGCAGAAGAAGGACCACGAAAAAGCCGAAUUCGAGGUGCACGAAGUCUACGCCGUCGACGUCCUCGUCAGCAGCGGCGAGGGAAAGGCCAAGGACGCGGGGCAGAGAACCACGAUUUACAAGAGGGACCCCUCCAAGCAGUACGGGCUGAAGAUGAAAACAUCGCGCGCCUUCUUCAGCGAGGUGGAGCGGCGCUUCGACACCAUGCCCUUCACCCUGCGGGCGCUGGAGGAUGAGAAGAAGGCGCGCAUGGGGGUGGUGGAGUGCGCCAAGCACGAACUGCUGCAGCCCUUCAAUGUCCUCUACGAGAAGGAAGGUGAGACUGGGACAGGUGGGGACACCUGGGGGGACACAGGGGACAGGUGGGGACACCUGGGGGGGGCACAGGGGAUCAGGUGGGGACAUCUGGGGGGACACAGGGGACAGGUGGGGACACCUGGGGGGGGACACAGGGGACAGGUGAGACUGGGACAGGGGAGACACCUGGGGGGACAGGUGAGACCUGAGGGGACAGGUUGGGACAGGUGAGGAUGGAUCCAGGUG